AAGAGUCGCUUGUUUCAAACUCACAAGAGAAGAAUAGUCGCAUUCGGAGCAUCCUGCAAAUUUGCUGAGGCUUAACCCCCUCAGAUCUCAGUUUCUUCAGCAUUAGAUUUCUCCAAUGGCAACGGAUCUGCACUCUCCACUGCCAAAAUCGGCGACGGAUUUGUUCGGUGAUCCGAUAGAGGACACCCACCCCUUAUGGCUCAACCCAUCCAAAUUCUCCGACCCGGAAUUCGACCCGGAAUCAUACAUCUCGGAUCUCCGGACGUUCGUCCCCUUCGACACACUCCGUUCGGAGCUCCGUUCGCAUUUAGGCGCCCUCAAGCACGAGCUUGUUGAGCUGAUAAACCGUGAUUAUGUGGAUUUCGUCAGUCUUAGCACCAAGCUCGUCGACGUGGAUGCUGCUGUGGUGCGGAUGCGGGCGCCGCUCUUAGAGGUCAAAGAGAAGAUCUUGGCCUUCCGUGGCUCGGUCGAGGGUUCGUUGACGGCGCUGCAGAGCCGGCUCAAGCAGCGGGCUCAGGCCAAUGAGGCGCGGGAGGUGUUGGAGUUGUUGCUGGAUACGUUUCAUGUUGUUUCUAAGGUUGAAAAGUUGAUAAAAGAGCUGCCUACUGUCCCGGCUGAUUGGUCCAGUGGAACACUGAACUCUACAGAGAAGGGUCAAUUAAGCAAUGGCAUCUCCUUUCAACAUGCAGAAAAUGGAGCAAACCUCAGGGAGACGCAAAGCAUGCUUCUGGAGAGAAUUGCCAGUGAAAUGAAUAGGCUGAAGUUCUAUAUCGCCCAGGCACAGAAUAUGCCUUUCAUUGAUAACAUGAAAAAGAGGAUUCAGAAUGCUAGCUUGUUACUGGAUACGAGCUUGGGACACUGUUUUGUAGAUGGACUGGAGAACAGGGAUGCAAAUGCAAUAUACAAUUGUUUGCGCGCAUAUGCUGCUAUUGAUAAUACCAGCAGUGCAGAAGAAAUUUUUCGCUCAACUGUUGUUGCACCAUUCACACAGAAAGUUAUCCCUCAUAGCUCGUCUGGAGUUGUUGGUGGGUCAUCUGGAGAUGAGCUUGAGCAAGACUAUGAAAGAAUUAAGCGCUACAUUGAAGAUGAUUGUAAAUUUCUCUUGGAAAUAUCUUCAACAGAAAAUUCAGGUCUACAUGUAUUUAGCUUUCAGGCGAAUUCUAUUCUCAAAGAGAUUUUAUCAGCCAUCCAAAAAGGAAAACCUGGGGCGUUCUCUCCCGGAAGGCCCACAGAGUUCCUGAAAAACUACAAAUCAAGCCUAGAUUUCUUGGCCUAUUUAGAAGGUUAUUGUCCCUCCAGAUCUGCAGUUGCUAAAUUUCGGCAAGAGGCAGUGUAUAUAGAGUUCAUGAAGCAGUGGAAUACUGGGGUGUAUUUCUCUUUGAGGUUUCAGGAGAUAGCUGGGGCUUUGGAUUCUGCACUUAUGACAACUACUCUCAUACCGUCUCAGAGCUCAUCCUCAGACCAGGAACAUUCUCAUACCUUAGUAUUGAAACAAAGUAUUUCCCUUAUGGAAUCGUUGAGAUUAUGCUGGAGAGAUGAUGUUUUUAUCAUUUCUUGCUCCGACAAGUUUUUACGUUUAUUUUUACAACUUCUUUCAAGGUACUCAAACUGGUUAUCAGCUGGAUUGAAUGCUCGCAAAAGUGGUAAUGCAAAUGCCAAUUAUGGAUCUGAAUGGGCUUUUGCUGCUACCCCAGAUGAUCUUCUCUAUAUUAUUCAUGAUUUAAAAUGCCUAGUGGAGGAAGUAUGUGGCAGCUACCUUGGGAAUGUACUUGAGGUUCUCAAGCCAUGUUCCACUGAAGUGCUUGACCUUGUGAAAGAGAGUAUCUUACAGGGAGGCAAUUCACUCAAAGUACUUCAGCCUCUUGUCAUGAAUUCAAUUAUAGAAAAUCUAGUUGAGAAAUCUGUGGAGGACUUGCGUCAAAUGAAAGGAAUAACUGCAACAUACAGGAUGACCAACAAACCUCUUCCUGUUCGUCAUUCACCUUAUGUAUCAAGUGUUUUGCGUCCUCUAAAGGCUUUUCUGGAUGGAGAGCGAGCUGCUACAUAUCUAACAAGUGAGCUUCGGAAGGAACUCGUACAGAGUGCUGCUAAUGAAAUUACUCGUCGAUAUUAUGAAUUAGCUGCUGACCUCGUUAGUGUGGCCAGGAAAACAGAGUCCUCGCUUCAGAAAAUACGUUUAGGAGCACAAAGGCGAGCUGGAGCCACUUCAGAUGUUUCAGAUCAGAAUGUCUCCGACACAGACAAAAUGUGCAUGCAGUUAUUUCUUGAUAUUCAGGAGUAUGGACGUAACCUUGCUUCCCUUGGAGUUGAUGCUGCUGAUAUUCCAGCUUAUCGUUCCUUGUGGCAGUGCGUUGCCCCUUCAGACAGGCAAAACUCGAUAAGCUUCUAGUUAUGCUGGUUUACUGACAUUCAUAGUUUGAUAAAAUAUAGUCUGUUUUAUUACGUGUUCCUUAAAACAUGCUGCUAGCAUCUUAUGGGUCAAAUAUAAGAGGAUGCGUUCAAUCAAAAUGGAUUGAUUACAUACACUGAAUUCUUUCAAAAAUGGUUUUCUUUGCUGGAGUUCGCUCUGCUUAAUGUAAUUCAAUGCCCAUUUUUUCUGUGAA